AUGAUCAAUACUCUACUCAAAUAAGCCAGUUAAAAUUUGUAAAAAAUAUCAAAGUAGAUGUUACCAUUUCUCAAAUUAUUGGUAGAAACACAUGCAGACAUUCUGCUAGUUCAGAAUAUGGAUAAUUAACAUGGACAGAAUAUGGGAUUGAUAAAUAAAUUGAUAAAUCGAAGCGAGAUCUUCAUAUUGGAAAUCCGAAAAAUGCUAUUAGAAUUCGAAAAACAGAAAAAAUUAAAUUUUGAUAUAUAAAAAAGAAUAAUCGAAUCAAAUUUUUAGGAAUUCGAAUUAGAACAUGAGAGUUCAUUGGUUUAAUUAUUGAGGAAAUAAGGAUGGUUUAUAGAUAUUUAAAAUGCUUUAGAUGACAUUUAUAAUGAGAAGAGCAUCAGUAAAAUAGAUAAGUUGAUUGAUGAAGCAGAAACACUUUGA